CCAGGAGAUCGCACCAUACACAAAUUUUAAUAUCACCCGCGCUCAGAAAGUCCGCGCUUCGUUCGAGCGGCUUGGAAGUCAGAUGCAUCGCGAGUGCAAAUUAAGUCGUGCCAAGUACUGCAAAAUUAUUUGGCGUGAAAUUAUCUAUAACUUUUUCUACUGAUAAAUGUGAUUAAAAAAUUAAUUUUAUAUGAGCUAUUUAGCACCACUACUUCCCCUUUCUUUAUUUUUAUUUUAAGCGAGAUGUUGCAACGAAUUACUUCCUGAACGUCCAUUCACGGUUUGGUAUGCUACAGAAAUUUUCUUUCAGAUUUCGUGCCCAAACAGCUAUACCUGGUUAAAUUCUUGUGGAAGUACCUUUGCUGAAACAAAAUGCCGAAGAAUAAAGGAUGCCAAGGCAGAUGUUAUUUUAAAAUACACUCCUGAUGAAGCUAGAAACUUGAAAACAUAUGGAGAGUUCCCUGAAACAGAUUUGAUUUAUGCAGGCUGUUUUACAUUUCCUCUUGUGGUAAGAAUCAUCAUGAGCUACCUGUUAUAACAACCCUAUAGAAACAACAGACAAUUUUAGAUAAUUAUGAGAUGUUCGUCAAUACUUAUAAGCCUGUUUAAAUAUCUAUAUAUAUGUUUUAAGAAAUUGGUAUUAAUUCAUUGAACUCUACUGAGGUUAAAACAAUUUGCAUCAUUGGCUCAUGUGAUGUGUUCUAAAAGCAUGUACAGUCCAUUUCAUAAAAUAGUGUCUUCCUCCAAGACACUGUUACAAAAAAUGUAUCCAUAAUUUUGUAAAUCAAAUAAAUAAGUGGAAUUAUGUUUGUAUUGUAUUUAUUGGGUUACAUGAUAUUGCACCUGUUAUAAGUUUAUAUCAUUCUUAAAUUCUUUUGGUAUGCUACAGAUAUAUUCUAUGUUCUUGGCUCGAAACUUCCAAUAUAUGGAUUCUAAUAAUCAAAUAUUUUUUAGUGUAUGGUGCUGUAGUAAUUAAUAUCUUGGUCAGUGCACCUGUUUUCAUUGUGAUAAGGUUUACUGUACUUCAAGAGGCGUUACCUUGUUUUACAUAAUUUGUAUAUGUUUGUACUUUUUUUUUGCGUUCAUUAUGUGUUUGGAAAAGAAUAUAUUAAAUAUUUCAAGUUGCAUGUUGCAAAAUAUUGACAUCUAUGUUAGGAUCAUCUUAACAUGACAAAACCCUGUUUAGUUCAUCCUUGUGAUAAAUGUGUAAACGUUGGUUAGUGAAGUAAAUGGUAUUUCUCAGGAGUUUUGAUUUGUUUAAUCCUUGAGUAGCAGCCUUGAGACUUGAUAUUGUGCUGUAGUAUUAAAUAGUAUUCAGAACAUGAAUGUAAGGUGUCAUCCUUUAAUACUGAGAACAAACUGGAAAUUGAGAAAUGUAUUGAUACCUUACGUUUUAGGUAUAAACUUAAAAGUGCAAAGCAGAUUUGUGUUCUUUUGAUGGCUAACCCUGCCCCCUCUCUUCCAUUUCCUUUUUGCUAGAUAUUCUUUUCUGGAACUUCAAAUUCUUGUGAAAUGCUUUUGAGCCAUUUUCGUGACUAGUAAUGAAAUGUUUCUUGGCUGUUAAUGAAUAAAAUUGUUACUGAUAUUGAAAAACAAAAAAGAACACAUCUUGGGUUAUUUAAUGCAUAUUUUAUAUUUAACAUUUGGUUCUGAUGUCCUUUUUUAAUUGUUUAGGCAUUUUUUGAACUCAAAAAUAAAAGUAUGUUUUAUAUUCUAUUGUCUUGGUCUUACCCUCCUUCACCUUUUAUGUUUUCUUCAUUUUCAUUGUUUCUUUGAAGGAAUUCAAUGUAUGUGAUAACAUUAUUGGCAGUAUGAAGAGAUGUGCAUAUGCACAAGUCAAACUGUAGUUGUAAUUUAAAGCAUCACACAAUGUAUAUGUUACAAUCUUUGUAUGUUCUGCUGUUAUGUGUUUCUAGGGCAUCAUGUUCAUUAAAUAUUGGAAAACAUACAGUAAAAUGCUAUGGUAGCUUUGCAGUGAUAUAUCCUAGGUAAUUAUUUUUAGUUAAUUAGGAGUUAUUGUAAAUUGGAAAUUGACAUGUUAAUAAGUUUUCAUGUUACUUUCAGUAUCAAAAUACAGAACAAUUACUUUCGAUAUUGGGUUAACAUGCUUUUAAUACUUGUAGUACCUGUAAACAUUUUAAGUUCUAGGUGCUGCUGCAGAAUUGUCAGGAUGGUGAAAAGAGUAUAAUUACUUUAUACCUGGGGAUUGAUUACAAUAUUCUUGCAUAUACUCUCCUAUGUGAUGAUGAGAGCAUUGAUAUUCCUUUGUGAAGUUGCCUACGGUGGUGAUAUUGAAUGUGUAAUUUGUAUGAAAAAUUUUGAAAUAUGGAUAGCUGAUUUCGAGUCUCAUUCUUAUUCCUAAGAACAAUUGUCUGAAUGGAUAUAGAAGACCAACAACAUGGAAAUCUUGCUUCAGUCACACAGUUGCUAUUUUCUUUUAAAAUAAAUAUUGAUUUAUAUUUAUUUCUAUUCUGUUCUCUUUUUAUUUCUUCAAAGUUAAAAAAUGGUUUUGAUAACUUCCAAGAAUUUAUCGGUCAGUUUACGACCACUAUCAUUUCACAAUAUAAUUUUUUUC